AUGAAUCGACAAAGGACAAACCCCAGGAGCAAGAAGAAGAAGAAGAAGAAGAAGGAGUCAAGCAAAGUGAAAACGAGCCUGACGAUGGUCUCUCUCGAGAAGGAUGACGAAGGGAGUCUCUUUUUUUUCUCUAGCUUUUCCUUGUGUCUGCGGUGUUCUGUCUCGCUGAAGCGACUCUCGACGGUCAAGAUCUCGUCGUCGUCGCCUUUUCGUGUUGUUGAAGUUGCGAAGUUGCGAAGUUGUUGGAGUUGGAGUUUUUUUUUUUUUUUUUCUUCCUCUUUUGACGUCGAAGGCGGCAACCCGUUUUGGGAGACGCGGCAGAAAAAGGCACCUCAACUUGACGACGACGACGAAGAUAAUAACAACGACAAGGACAACGACGAGGAUGAUGAGGACGAUGACGAUAAUAACAACGAGGAUGGCGAGGAGGCCUUUAUUCUACUGUCUGGAGCAGAAGGGAUGCCCUGCUCGGCGUGGUGGUAUAUAAGGUGGUAA